UUUCUGGUGUGCAACAACAAUACAAUAGUUAUAAAAAAUAUAUAUAUAUAAUGAAAAGUUUCAAAUAUAUUGUUUUAAAUUUUAUCUAUUAUAUUUUAGCAAAAUCUGAAGAAAUUGAAUAUUAUGCUUCGAAAUCACUUUUAGAUACUUCAAAGAAGAAAUCUGAAGAUUUAAGUGAUUUCGACGAAUAUGAAUUUCAAAGUAAUAAUUUAGAAGAAUGUAAUCACGGAAACCUUUUAAGAAAUCGGAAAAUAUACUUAAGGCAUUAUUAUCCUGAUUUUAAAAACAAUCAAUAUAAGAAAGAUAAAGUAAAAAGAAGUGUCGAUCCUGUAUUUUAUGGUCAUCCGAAAACUAGAGAAGAAAUUUGGAAUGAAAAUUUUAUUAAAAAAAGUAGUGCCUUUGAUCAAACCCCGUCCCUUAUAAAUCUCAUUCAUAAUGUUACAUUAACUUAUCUAUAUGAUUGCACGCCAAUUAUAUUAUAUGAUAAUCAAGUGAAAUCCCAAGACAGCUAUCUUUUUCAAAACCUUUUUAAAGAUUUUCCAGUCACUUACGUCCAUGGUUAUAUAAAUGAUAACAAUCAAUUACAAGAAUCGAAGCUCAUUUUACAAGUAAACGAAUGUGUUCAUUUUAUCUUAUUUUUAAGUGACGUUAAAAUAGCAGCUAAAAUAUUAGGCAAACGAUCAGAAAACAAAGUAGUUGUUGUAGCAAGAUCAUCACAAUGGGCGGUUCAAGAAUUUCUUUCCAGUGCAUUAUCAAGGAUGUUUGUAAAUUUGCUAGUAAUCGGUCAAAGUUUUAAAGAUGAAGGUGAUGAAACUAGGGAAGCGCCAUAUAUUUUAUAUACCCAUAAGUUAUAUACUGAUGGAUUGGGAGCUAGUAUGCCCGUAGUUCUUAACUCAUGGGCACAUGGAAAAUUUUCGAGGAAUAUUAAUCUUUUUCCUACAAAAAUGAUGAAAGGCUAUGCUGGGCAUAGAUUUCUUGUUGCAGCUGCAAAUCAACCUCCUUAUGUAUUUAGAAGGAUAAAAACUGAUUUAGAUGGUGGAAAUCCUCGAGUAGUAUGGGAUGGAAUAGAAAUUAGAUUACUAAACUUAUUAGCGGAAAGAAAUAACUUUUCAAUUGAAAUAGUGGAACCACGAGAGUUAUAUUUAGGUCCAGGAGAUGCUGUAACCAAAGAGAUAAUAAUGGGUCGAGCCGAUAUUGCAAUAGGUGGAAUGUAUUUAACAAAUAAAAGGAUACGUGAUAUGGAUAUGGCAUUCAGUCAUUCACAGGACUGUGCUUCCUUCGUUACAUUGAUGUCUACUGCAUUACCAAGAUAUCGUGCAAUUCUAGGCCCGUUUCAUUGGCAUGUUUGGGUAGCUCUUACCUUUACUUAUCUAAUUGCUAUUUUCCCAUUAGCAUUUUCUGAUAAACAUACACUCCGUCAUUUAGUUCAUAACAGUGGAGAAGUUGAAAAUAUGUUUUGGUAUGUCUUCGGUACUUUUACAAAUUGCUUUACAUUCGUUGGGAAGAAUUCGUGGAGCAAAACAACUAAGGUUACAACUAGACUGUUAAUAGGAUGGUACUGGAUUUUCACAAUCAUUAUUACGAGCUGUUAUACGGGAUCUAUAAUAGCGUUCGUGACUUUACCUGUUUUUCCUGAAACCGUUGAUACAGUGGACGAGCUAUUGUCAGGAUUUUAUCGGGUUGGAACAUUAGAUCGCGGUGGUUGGGAAACAUGGUUUGCUAAUUCAUCGGAUCCAAAAACCAAUAAGUUGAUUAAGAAAAUAGAAUUUGUGCCUAAUGUUGAAGCAGGUAUUAGAAAUACGACGAAGGCUUUCUUUUGGCCGUAUGCUUUUUUGGGGUCUAGAGCUCAACUUGAGUAUAUUGUUCAAGCGAAUUUUACAAAAACAACUUCAAAAAGAAGUCUUCUCCACAUAUCUACUGAAUGUUUUGCACCGUUUGGCGUCUCUAUGGGGUUCCCAAAUAAUUCUCUUUAUUCAAGUAAAUUUAACAAUGGCUUAAGAAGAAUGUAUCAGACGGGUAUUGUAGAUAAAGUAGCAAAUGACGUCCGCUGGGAAAUGCAACGCACUUCUACAGGAAAACUUUUGUCGGCAAGUUCUACGAGCUUAAAAGUUACAUCCGUAGAAGAAAAAGGUUUAACGCUUGAAGAUACCCAGGGAAUGUUUUUGCUACUAGCCGCUGGAUUUCUCGUGGCUGCUUCAGCGCUAUUGUCUGAAUGGAUGGGCGGCAUCACAAGGUAUUGCCGUUUAAGAAGGAGGCCUAAAGGUGCGAAUUCACAAGAGAAAUUAAUAACUACUCCAAAAUCAGACAUUAAAACUGAAGUAAAUGUUAGUUUUGAUGCUACUGAUAGUAAAUUGAAUACAGAUGAUAGAACGCAUAGUGUCGAGUCUGAGAAUACUUUGGAUGGUCAAAUAAUAAAUGUAACUGAAGAAAACAUUGUUGUACAUGAGAACUUUGAUGUAGACAGAUUUGACUCGAGAAGGUCCAGUUCAGUGGAUGUCGAUAAAGAAGUGCAUGAGAUAUUUGAGAAAGAUAUGAAGAGAAGGAAUUUUGUUCGAGGCGAUACUAUAGAGUUGAUGGACGACACAAGAGAACCAACUGCAUCUAAAGGUGCUUUUGGUGACCGUAUCAAGUAGAGUUAUUUAAAAUAUUCCAAUUAUAUUAUUAGAUUUGAAAGUAGUUGCA